GCUUUCGCGGGCUAGUAUAAGUAGCGCGCCUCCCUCGUCACCGCGUCUUCAUUAUUCUUGUUCUCCUCCUCAUUCUACGUCUACCUUUAUCAACGACUUCAACGCCUGCACUUUUACCAUUAUUUAAUUCUCAACUUCAGUCGUUUUAAAACCAAACCCUUUUCCAACUCACUUUUAAAAUGGCACCCAAGGCUGCUGAGAAGAAGCCCAGCACUGGUGGCAAGGCCCCAGCUGGCGGCAAGGCCCCGGCUGAAAAGAAGGAGGCUGGCAAGAAGACCGCGGCCGCCGCCUCUGGCGACAAGAAGAAGCGUGGAAAGACCAGGAAGGAAACCUACUCUUCCUACAUUUACAAGGUGCUGAAGCAAGUUCAUCCCGAUACUGGUAUUUCGACUCGUGCUAUGUCUAUCUUGAAUUCUUUCGUCAAUGACAUCUUCGAGCGCGUCGCGACUGAGGCUUCCAAACUGGCCGCUUACAACAAGAAGUCCACGAUCUCGUCAAGGGAGAUCCAGACCUCUGUCAGACUCAUUCUGCCUGGCGAAUUGGCGAAGCAUGCUGUGUCGGAAGGCACCAAGGCUGUUACCAAGUAUUCGUCGUCUGCCAAAUAGGUCUGGUUGCGCAGUAGCGACUUACAAACGAGGGUUCGAAAUCUGAAUUACUUUCAUAUGUAUACUGGUUGCUUCUACUAAAAGGCUUCAGGGGGUGCUGGCGCU